CACAGGUCGCUGUUGAUCAACCACCUGGAGCAUCUUGGACUGAAAAUCUAUUUAGCCAAGAGCUCUUUGUCUCCCAGUCAGUGAGUAGACUUCCUGAGGACAAUUAUGGAUUCAGCCCAAAUGCGGGCAUGGAUUAUGCCAGAAUGCUCACUAACAGUUCAGCGGCUGGUGUCGUUAUUCAAAGUCGAGACUUCCUGUAACCUCAGAGGUUUUCAUAGGAUGCUUGGCCUCAUGUCAGCCGAGGCGGCUCUGUCAUUCCAUUGGGUCUGUUUCAUAUGCAGCCCCUACAAAUCAAGGUAAUCAGCUUCAAGGUAGCCCAACGCUGCACCAGAGCUUUGGCCCCAUGGAAGACAUCCCACCUGUUUCAGACAGGUGUUCCAUUGGGACCCUGGGACUGACCUCAAGUGGGAAGGUGGUUAUGACAGAUGCUUCCAACUCGGGUUGGGGCGCAAUGUAUAAGGCGAAAAUGGAGCUUGGCUCCUGGUUCAGCCUGAAGUAAUGCCUACACAUCAACUGCCUAGAGAUGAUGGCGGUUUUUCUAGUUCUAAAAACCUUCCUGCCAGCCUUACUGGACACCACUUACUGGUCUGCUUGGACAACAUGUCGGCGGUAGCUUUUAUAAAUCUCCAAGGUGGAGUGAGGUCACGCUUCCUAUACAGGAUGGCGAGACACCUCCUCCCGUGGGCACAGUGCAAUCUACUCUCACUGAGGGCAGUUCAUGCGCUAGGCAGACUGAACCAAGGAGCAGACAUACUGUCCCGGUAUGUAUUUCCAAGAGAAAGGAUACUACACCCCCAAAUGGUUCAAACGAUCUGGUCUGUAUUCGGGAGAGCAGAGGUAGACCUCUUUGAUUCAGAAGACCACUCUCACUGCCCAACAUAUUUCUCAAGGGAGCAGGAUGCCCUGAUCCACGAAUGGCCCAGUGCUCACCUGCAUGCUUUCCCUUUGGUUGACCUGCUCCCUCAGGUCAUCAGACGGGUCAGGGAAGUCAGGUGCUCAGUACUCUUAACAUGAUUUUGGAGUCUAGAGCCCUUCUACAAGAUGCCUCUACACCCUUAAAUGGUGGACGAGUCUCUGUGCUACGACUAAGAAGGCUCCUGACUGUGAAUAAACUCAACACAAAGCAAAGCAGCAAGGGGAUCUUGUGGACUGGAUCACAAUCCAUUGAGCAGAGAACAGGAGCAAUCAAAAAAGAGUCAUCAGAGAUACUUGUGGUGCAUCAACUUCAGAAAAUGUCUUCUCCAAACAGUGAAAUGAGCAGAAACAACAACAGAUACAAAAACAAAAGUAUUAUUACGACUGCUGCUCCAGUGAGCUUUUUGUUACUGACAUUUCAGGGGUUAAUGGGUAUACAAUUUUCAUGCCCAUGCAGCAAUGAAUGGUUGAACCGUUCUAUAGCAGUACUAAUCUUCAUUGUGCCUGCCCUCUUUGGUGGGAUAAUGUUGUCACUAUUUUUAAGAUUUGAAGAACAAACAAUUAGUGGAGGUGGAGGGUUCCAAACAGACAGCAGCGAAAGCUCUAAGUCUGAAAAAUGUAUUUAUUUUAUGAUUCGCUGCAUUCCACCUCUAUUGUGGUUCUGUAUAUUUUUCAUUGAUGGUGAUUAUUUUGGAUGUUUCAUGACAAACUGGAAUGGACAGUACACCUGUGAUAAAAAUAUCCAUCCUAAUUGUGUGAGUUGGUGCAAACCUGAAUCAAACAAAGGAAAAAAUGAGACUGAAACAUAUAACUACACACAACAGAUGAAUAAUAUAUCAAAGGUAAUAGGUUACUGCCUGGCCUUGCUCUUCUGCUUCAUCCUCUUGAUCAUAAUGUGUAUGACUAAAGACAAGAACAGAACUUCAGUGCCAAGGGUCACCGAGACUAACCCAGAAGCUGAGAAUGCCAUGAUGAACAGUGCAAGUGAAUAAAAUGAUCACUUCAGGUUCACAUGUUCCAUUAAUGUUCUCCUCUGCAUUCUUUGCAAACAGCAUAAAGAAAGUGGUAAUGCAUUUAUUCAAGCACAUAAUGUUUCCAGUUAUAUUCAUUUUCUUAUUUGUGCUUUUUGCCUAAAGAAUUUUUAAAUGUAACUUU